AUGAAGGAGAAAAAGAAUCCCAAUAACAAAGAAAAGGGCCGCUCUGCAAGGCCAGACACGCGGGAUCGUAGGCCACAGGAAAAGAAUAGCGGCAGAAACCCAAAAGCUAGACAGAAUAACACCAAACCACCACAUGAAAAAGUGAUCAGCAACACAUUAGUCAGCGAGAAGAAAGCUGCCGUGGAUCCACCUCAAGUUCACAAAAAUGCGAUAAUAGAUUGUGUGGAUGAUGAUACCAGAAUACCUGAAGUUGUUGAUGAGAAACAAGGCAAUGAAAAAUCAAAUGAAACUUCUAGUGAUAUGGAGAUUGCCGAUGAAUCUGAUGCCGAGACUGCUAAUGAUUCAUUCUCUUCUCUAGGGGAUUCACAAACGGGUGAUGAUGAGAGGCCCGAAAAGGCUGAUCCUGCUGUGAUGCUGGAGAACAAAGACCCCUCUGAUGGCGAUACACAUGCACCCAGAUCGAAAACUGAGAACAAAUCAAGUAAUGUGCAGGACAAAUCAUCAAAAGACUUGCCAAAGGAAGGCACUAAAGCUGAAAUAACGGGGAUUUCGCAGCUGGCCCCCAAGAUUUCCAUUGAUAAUUUGAAAAAUGUGAAAGUCUAUCCGAAACCGAUAUCGGAUUUGUCUGAAGAUGCCAAUGGCCGAGUAAUUGAUGAGGCUCCCAAUGGGAUUAACUGUGUUUGUGGUAAUGAAGAUGCAGUCAAUACAUUGGAAACUGGCACAUCUGCUUCAGACCAAAAGAUUGAGGAAAUGGAAAUCAGGAUAAAGAACCUUGAAAGCGAACUAAGAGAAGUGGCUGCGCUUGAAAUUUCUCUCUAUUCUGUAGUGCCCGAGCACGGUAGCUCGGCACACAAGGUUCAUACACCCGCAAGGCGCCUUUCUAGGCUCUAUAUCUAUGCUUGCAAAUAUUGGUCCCCAGAUAAGCGAGCUACAGUGGCUAGAAACACCGUGUCUGGGCUUGUUACAGUUUCCAAGUCAUGCGGCAAUGAUGUGUCCAGGUUGACUUUUUGGUUGUCCAACACUGUUGUGUUGAGGGAAAUUAUAUCUCAAGCUUUUGGAAGGUCCUGCCAGUCCAGUGCCUUAACGAAAAUAUUCGAGUCAGGUGGAGGUGAAACAAGAAACAAGAACUUUCACUUGUGCCUUGGAGAAAGUCGAAUCAUGGAUAUUUUCACGGAUAGUCGAGUCCAUAUGGUGGCAGACUCUGGCGCCCAAUAUGCAAUCACCUACUGUCAUGCACAAGACGAGAAGAAUAGCCUCAAUGAUGUGGAUGAUGAUCAGAGGAUAAGUGAGGUUCCCAAAAGCUUCCCUCUACUUAACUCCUUGAGUGAUCUCCUCAUGCUUCCCAAAGAUAUGCUUAUGGAACGAAAAAUAAGACUGGAGGUUUGUCCAUUAAUCAGUCUCCCAUUGGUUAAGAGGAUACUCUGCAACUUCUCUCCCGAUGAGUUCUGUCCGGAUCCUGUUCCUGGUGCUGUGUUAGAAGCUGUCAAUGCUGAGUGCAUCAUGGAGCAUAGAUUAUCGGGAGACUCUCCCAUUAGCUUCCCUUUCCCAGCUGCUCCAGUUGUGUACACGGCCCCUUUCCCAUCCGACAUAUCAGAGAAAGUGGCUGAGGCCGAUGACAAUCCUCGGUUAUCACGAAAUCAAUCAGCCGUGCAGAGGAAAGGGUACACCAGUGAUGACGAGCUGGACGAGCUGGAGUCCUGUCUCGGUUCUGUUAUCAACAAGCCACCUCAGUCCCCAAUUGCUGCUGUAAGCGAAGGUCGAGAGGCAAAAACGGGUUGGGCAAAUGCUAGGUAUGACCUUCUUCGUGAGGUCUGGCAAACCAUAUAA